AUGGCCCAAUCGAUUGUGGGAAAGAUAGCGUCCGUCUCAUUGAAGGAUUUUGUCACAUAUGACUCGGUUGUACUGUAUCCGGACGAAUAUUUGAACAUAAUUCUUGGACCGAAUGGAACGGGCAAAUCGGCAAUUGUGGCCGGUAUCGUGCUUGGGAUGGGUGGCAACUGUAAGCUGCUUUCCAGAUGUGACAAUAUCGAUAGCUACAUUAAGAACGGGAAAGAAAAUGCUACGAUUCGCAUCUCGAUUUACCGCGAUGAACAUCGUGCCGUACGGUGGUUCAGUCGUUCGUUCGAUCAUGAGCGCGUCAAUAAGUACGAGAUCGACGGUGAAACGGUUUCGCACCAGGCGUACCUGCAGCAGAUCCGGCUGUACAACAUCCAGGUGGAUAAUUUGUGUCAGUUUUUGCCGCAGGACCGCGUGCAGGAUUUUACGAAGAUGAAUCCUCGCGAACUGCUGCUAAACACACAGUCGUCGGUUUGUGCGCCCGAGGUACAGACAUGGUUCGAUGAGCUAAAGGCGAAGCGUGAGAUGCAGCAAAAAUGUAACACCCAGGGUGCGGAAGGAUUGGCCCGGGUGCGAGAUCUGGAAGCUCGCUUGGUGGAUUUGGAACAACAGUUGCAAACGCUGCGUGCACGUGAAGAGUUUCAGCAACAAAUACACGUGUACCAGGCUAGGAAGGCUUGGUUGGAGUAUGAGGAGCUGUUUCUGAUCUACACCGCCACACUUAACGAUCUGAAGUUAGCCAAAAAAAUGAGUGAUGACAAGGAGAGAGAAUACAAUAAGUCUAAAUCGGAUAUGCAAGCGAUCAUGGCCCGGAAGAUGGAAAUGGAAAACUCCAAGCACAAACAGGUGGCGAUCGCUAAACGGUGCACUGAGGAGAUUAACAGUUUGGAAGAGAAAACGGAACGCCUGGAAGAUAAUUUGGCGAAGCAGAAACGCGAUCUACUUGACGCACUGGCCAAGGCAGACGAAAGAAAGGCCGAAUUGGAGCAGGCGAAAGUAAUGCUGGCUGCGUUCGUGCAGGACUGUGCCGAUAUGGUGACCGCACUCGGUUCGGAAGAGCAAAAUCGUCAGCAGAUUUUCAACUUGGAGGAAAAGGAGGGCAAGAUACGCGACGAGAACGAUCUACUGAUGGGGCGCCGGCACGAUCUGAACAAAAAGAUCGAAACAGAGCUGAAACCGGAAAUGAUGAGCCUGGAGCGUAACAUCGCCACGAUCGAAAACAUAGCAAACACCAAGCUGAAGAUACUGCAGACACGGUUCGAGGGCACGUACCAGGCGGUGCUGUGGUUGCGCCAACAUCAGCAUCUUUUCCAGGGUAAAAUCUACGAACCGAUGAUACUGGAGCUGAACGUACCGAUCCUGGAGAAUGUGCCGUUUCUGGAGAGCACGAUCGGUGUGCGUGAUUUGGUUGCGUUCACGUGCGAAAAUACGGAAGACAUGAAUCUGUUCCUGCGCAAAACGCGUGAGGAAUUGCGUUUUGAGGGUGUGAACGCGAUCCAGAGCGAUCCGGUCGAGGAGCUACAAUACCAGCCCCGGUAUCCAAUCGGCAGUCUAAAGCGGUUUGGUUUUCACACCUAUCUGAUCGACAUGUUGGAAGCACCGUUUCCGAUUUUGAACGGGCUGUGUAAGCUGUACGCACUGCACAACAUCCCUGUGGGCGGUGCGGACUCGGCCAAAUACGUGUCCUCGCUGCCGGAUGAGAUUGCGGUGUUUUACACACCGUCCCACCGGUUCCAGGUGUCGAAAUCACGCUACACCGGUGAAAAGUGGACUCGUAGCGAUAUGCUUCAAACGAAGAAUUUGCUCAACCGAUCGACGGAUCAUGCGCUGCUGGAACUGAAGCAGCAACAGCUCAAGCGCUUGGUCCGGGAGUGUGACAAGAUCCGCAACCAUCGAGGGCAGAUCGAGAACAAAAUUAAGGAGUUGCAGGAACGCUGCACGGAGCUGCAACAGGAGAAGCGUGAGCUGCAGGAUAAGCUGUCCAAGUACCAGCAGUCAAAGGUAAAAGUGAAACGGCAGGAGCAGAGAUGCAACGAACUGAAGGGUCGUCUCGUGAACGUUGACGACGAGCGUACCAAGUUCGAAGGAACGUGCCGUACCAUCAUACAGCAACUGCUGGAGGACCAGCGCCGCAAGAUAGAAGCGCUGGAAAGAUAUGCAUCCGUUAGCCGUGAGUAUGACCUUCUAGAGCAGCGGAUACGCAUAUUCGAGGAGCGGAACAACGAGCGGGAGGCAAACUUCCGCGUGCUGGAAAACGCGUAUAAUUCGGCUAAAAAAACGCUCGCCAAUGUGGAGAAGAAGUUGGCCGAGGUGAAGGAGAAGUCGUCCAAGAAAAACAGUACAGCACGAGCAUUAACAGCCAACAAGGCACCGGAUAAGCCAGAUUUUCCGUUCGAUUUUACCACGCUGCCCGACACGGUUGAGCUGGUGGAGGCGCAUCUGGAGGAAUUGCGCGUCCGAUUUGAGUGUCUGCCCCAGGGAAACCAGGCAGCGGCAGACGAGUACGAACAGAUGAAAAGGCUGUUGGAGCAGCUGCGUGGGGCUGUUGCCAGUUCCGACCAGCAGAUCGCUUCCUUGGAACAGGACAUGGAGCAACUGCAUGAGCGCUGGUUCCCGGAAGUGCAGCGCGUGGUACAGAACAUAAAUGCCAAGUUUUCGCACUUCAUGAGCUCGAUGGGAUUCGCCGGAGAAAUCGAACUGAUUCGACAGGAAAAGCACGAUUACGAUGAAUAUGGCAUUCGCAUUUACGUGAAGUAUCGCAACGAGGAGAAGCUGAGCGCACUAGACCGGAAGCUUCAAUCGGGCGGUGAGCGGGCAGUAGCAAUUGCCAUCUACACACUGUCGCUGCAACACAUGACGCAAGUUCCGUUCCGUUGCGUGGACGAGAUCAACCAGGGUAUGGAUCCGACGAACGAGCGCAAGGUGUUCAACAUGCUAGUGGAUGAAACGUGCCGCGAAGGGCAAUCGCAGUAUUUCUUCGUCACACCAAAACUGUUGCCUCGGUUAAAGUACAGCGAUAAGAUGAACGUGCUGCUCGUACACAACGGGAAGUACAUCGAGAGUCCGGACGUUUUUAUAUCGAACACUAACGCGAGACGCGUAUAG